AUGGCAAUCACUCACGAGAGUCCUGAUCCCAAUGAGUGGCGUGUCUCAAGAGUCUUCUAUAACGGACAGUACUUUGACUCAGUCCAACAGCUCAUCACCGGGUACGCCGACGGUUCGGUUGAAAGAGACACGCCUGACGCAGACGUACAAGACGACGACAUUCUGUUUUCUACCUUCCUGUAUGACGUCAGGAUGAACGGACAGCGCAUUGCGUACGAACUGAGCGGACAAGAGGCGACGUCAUUUUACUCCGGAUACAACCCCAUUAUGCUCAACAACCUCUUCCUCGACUCUUAUUGGGAUAUCGGAAGAAGCUUUGAACUUGUCCGUGGCAUAGAUUGUCCGGAAACCGCAACUUUUUUCAACACACUUCAGCAGAGAAGCACCAAGGAACCGAGCCUGAUGCGGAACGCCGUCUGCGUCUUCGAACUGAAUGCUGGGAUACCGCUCCGUCGCCAUUUUGAUUCCAAUUUUGCAGGUGGUUUCAACUUUUACGGUGGUAUGGCUGACCACGUGUUGGUGUUACGUCACGUCAACACUGUCUACAACUAUGACUACGUGUACGAUUACAUAUUCCACCAGAACGGUGUCAUCGAAGUCCGCGUCGGCUUGACUGGCUUCAUACUGACAUCCCAAGACAGGACCGACUACGGGUUUGAAACAGUGGACAUUGUUUUGGAGAACAUCACCAACCCUGAGCGACCGGAGCUGCGCCACAUCCAGACCCGCAUCCAGCGGAACCUCAAGACUACCGAGAAGGAAGCCGCCGUGCAGUACGACUUCAACCGGCCCAAGUACUACAACUUCUACAGCGAAGAACAGAAAAACCGGUUCGGUUCGAAUCGUGGUUACCGUGUGCAGCUGAACGGCAUCGCUAAGACACUGCUGCCGCGGCAGGACUGGGCGCCGAUGCGGGGAGUGGCCUGGCAGGACUACCAGCUGGUCGUGACUCAGAGGAAAGAAUCGGAGCCCACCAGCUCCUCCAUCUACAACCAGAACGACCUGUACGAACCGGUAGUCGACUUCCAGUCCUUCCUCGAUGACGAUGAGAACAUCGUUGACGAGGACCUGGUUGCCUGGGUGACGCUCUCCACGCACCACAUUCCUCACUCCGAGGACUUCCCGACCACGGCUACUGCGGGGACCCAGAUGCAGUUCUUCCUGCGCCCCUUCAACUACUACGACGAGGAUCCUUCGGUGGGAUCGUCUAACGCCGUUCUGAUCACCCCGGGAGAGAAGUCUGGUCCCGCCCGGGUGGAACGGUUCGGUACCCCGACAGGCCCCGCCUGUGUGCCCGAGCAGAGUCCGUUUCACUACAACGGGACGUGUCGAGGGCCAAAGUGA